CGCCGCUGGGUGCUGAGGGAUCGGAGGAGCCGAGCGCGCCCGGCAGGUUCCGCGCUGGGGGAGCGCGCGGAGGGACGCGCGGCGAGACCCGGCCGGAGCCGGAGCCGGGGCCGGAGCCGAGCGCGGCGCCCGAGGAACCCGCGGCGGCGGAGCGGAGCCGGGCGCGAUGGCGCACCGAGCGGCGCGCUCUGCUUCUCCGCCGAGAGCCCUGCCGGCGGCCCGCGAUGCCAAGAUGUCUGGACGGCAAGCCUGCACUGUUUUGAGAGGGAGAUGACUUGAGUGGCCGGCUUUUAUCUCCACAACAAUGUCCAUGAACAAUUCCAAACAGCCAGUGUCUCCUGCAGCUGGGCUCCUUUCAAAUACAACUUGCCAGACGGAAAACCGGCUCUCAGUGUUUUUUUCAAUAAUCUUCAUGACAGUGGGAAUCUUAUCAAACAGCCUUGCCAUUGCUAUUCUCAUGAAGGCAUAUCAGAGAUUUAGACAGAAGUCCAAGGCAUCGUUUCUGCUUUUGGCUAGUGCCCUGGUCAUCACAGACUUCUUUGGCCACCUCAUCAAUGGAGCUAUAGCAGUCUUUGUAUAUGCUUCUGAUAAAGAUUGGAUCCGCUUUGACCAAUCAAACAUCCUUUGCAGUAUUUUUGGUAUCUGCAUGGUGUUCUCUGGUCUGUGCCCACUUCUUCUAGGCAGUGUGAUGGCCAUUGAGCGAUGUAUCGGAGUCACCAAACCAAUAUUUCAUUCUACGAAAAUUACAUCCAAACAUGUGAAAAUGAUCCUGAGUGGCGUGUGCCUGUUUGCCAUUUUCGUAGCUUUACUGCCCAUCCUUGGGCAUCGCGACUAUAAAAUUCAAGCCUCGAGGACCUGGUGUUUCUACAACACAGAACACAUCAAAGACUGGGAAGAUAGGUUUUAUCUUCUACUUUUUUCUUUUCUGGGGCUCUUAGCCCUUGGUGUUUCCUUCUUGUGCAAUGCCAUCACAGGAAUUACACUUGUAAGAGUUAAAUUUAAGAGUCAGCAGCACAGACAAGGCAGAUCUCAUCAUUUCGAAAUGGUCAUCCAGCUCCUGGCUAUAAUGUGUGUCUCCUGCAUUUGCUGGAGUCCAUUUCUGGUGACAAUGGCCAACAUUGGAAUAAAUGGAAAUCAUUCUCUGGAGACCUGUGAAACCAUACUUUUUGCUCUCCGAAUGGCAACGUGGAAUCAAAUCUUAGAUCCCUGGGUCUAUAUUCUUCUACGGAAGGCUGUCCUUAAGAAUCUCUACAAGCUUGCCCGACGCUGUUGUGGAGUGCAUGUCAUCAGCUUGCAUGUUUGGGAGCUUAGCUCCAUUAAAAAUUCCUUAAAAGUUGCUGCUAUUUCUGAGUCACCAGUUGCAGAGAAAAUAAAUCAGCAAGCACCUAGUUUAAUAGGGUAGUAAGUCAGUGUAGAUCUACGAUAAAAUUUAAAAAGUUUUGGCAGUAUGUCAGUUAAUUUGAUACGUAUAUAAAGACUAACUGGAAAAUUCAGACCUCAGCAGGUAGUAUGGGGGCACUUUUGUUAGAUUUGGCUUUUGAAAUUUGUUAAAUUAACUGUUUAAUUGCACAUUUUCACUUGCUUUUGUCAACUGGACGUAAACACAAUGCAAUAAUGCUGUGGGAGUCAAAUUGAAAACAAUUUUGGGCUUAUCUGUGUUAGUCAUGCUUUUGAAGAAGUGACUCUGUUGAAGCCUAAAGCAUUUACUUGGCCUAUUUGCUAAAGAAUGUCUUAAUGCUACCUGCACAGUGAAAUGGCUGUUUGGGGGUCACUGCUCUGCAGCUGUUCUUUAUAGACUAGGCUCAAUGAAUUGGAGUGCCCUCAUCUUUUGAUCGGGCUUAUUUUACCCCUCAUUAUGUAGACUCAAUCAAUGUAUGUGUGGUCAUGCCACUUAGGAUUCACUGUGGCUUGUUAUAAUGACCUCUGCAUACACCGGGUCUUGCUGUUAGGUUGCCUCAUCUUACAAGCCUGUUUAGAAUGAGCCCAUUCUCAUCAUAUUUGACAGAUAUGAUUGUUUGCAUUUAUUAUUAUGAAGGUCAAUUUUCAUUUGAAGGGUUUUUUUGGUAGGUCAUAGAUUUGCACAGUUUUCAGAUAAUCCCCUUAUCCUCUGAAAAUUCUAGUGCAUUAUGCACAAUAAGUAAUCUUUAGAGAAACAAAGGCUCUAUCUCAGCACACAUAGAGGCGACUUGCAGUUUCCAAGAAGCUCUACCAUGGAUAAUGCAAACAAACAGAACUUAAACCCGGUGAUUGGUGUCAAGAACAUGGGCAAAGGUGUUUUACUUUGAGCCAUCAUUUCUGUGUCAGAGAACAAAAGAAACGCAAUCUGUGUAUAAUAUUCAAAGACUAUCUGUAGCUAGUGUGUUUCUGCUUUCCACUUACACACACAUACACACAUGAAGGCACACACACACACAUCACACAUAUAUACACACUCCAAAAGGACAUCAGAAAUUUCUGUUGAUAGUGGGUUCAUUAAAUCUGUAAAAUGGCAUCUUCUAAAGCCUAUGGUACCAGUGUCAAGGGGAGGACUGGCAAUUAGCCAGGCGUUUGGAGAUCAUUAUGAUGGUUAACCAUGAAGGCAGGGGAUAAUCAUCUCUCCCCAAAUUUCCCAAUAAUACUUGAGACUUUUUCUUUUUUUGUUUGUAUAAUUCAACCCAAAGAAUUUUAUAAUCAUUCAAAGUGUCCUGGGUUCAUCAGAGCAUAGGGCAGGUAGUUCUGCUUUAUAAUAGGGAAAUGCAUUUCUAUGAAAGAGUUCAUUACCUUCAUUAACUGGGGUCCAUUUUAAAAUUAAUCUGAGAGAUUGCCUGAUUUCAGAUUCUCUAGGAAAUCUGUGCAGUUCAACUAGACUUAAGUUAUUAUGUUCACAAAUUUUUGCUUUUGACUUGUAAUUUACAUUGGAAGUCUUUGCUAACUGUUGUGAAUUUUGGUAAAUUCUCAUGAAUAAAUUAAAAGAAAUUAAGCAAAUAGCCUCAUUGAAGAUUUAAAGGCAACCAUUUUUCCUGUGAAUUUAAAGAAGGGAAACACACAUACACACACUGGCUCAUGAUAUUCUUAAUUUAAGGCCAAUAAAUGAUUAAUCACACAAAUUUAGGUUAUUCUCAUAUAUAGAGCACACAGAAGAUGCUCGAUAAAUACUAGCCAAAUUGAAUUACAGUUAAGAAUUUCUUGGUGCAAAAUGAGCAUGGAAUUGCAAAGUUUUUGUGCAUUUUUAAUUUAAACUGACAAUUACGUAUUGGUUAUUGUGACAUAUAUGUUUAUAUGUAUACAUAUAUAUACUAUAUAUGUGUGUGUGUAUAAAUCCAGUGUAUAUGCUUAAAAAAAUUCAUUGCAAUUUGUGAUUGCUGUUCAUUUCAUAAAUGUUCUCAAUGGUUCAAGAGCACUUCAAGUCCAGAAGAACUUUUAGAUGGUUUAGAGGAGAUGUCUGUUUCUCACAGCUACUUAAGAGUGUUGAUGUCCUGUGAACCGAGGCACAAGGAACUAAAGCUCCGUCCUUCCCCACGCUGGGCAGGAUGCUCCAGCGAACACGUCCAUGUGUUGUGACCCGGGAGAGGCACAGCGGAGAAACUCUCAUUUAGAGUUCCAGGCCUUUUCUCCUUGAGGCUUCUAGUCAAAUGGCAGAAUUGUUGCUUGUUUGCCGUGAUGCCACCCUGGCCACGUGCAUCUGCAUUGAGGAGAUAUUGUGACAUGACCAUGUGUGGGAGUGCAUGAGCAUGCAAGGUUUUCCAGAGUAACAGGGGAGUCACCCUGCGCAUAUCCUGGAAGGAUUAUCUAUAUUAUCUGAGCAUAGGUUUAGGGCAACUAAACUGGUUUUAUGAUGAUGUCUACUCAACAAGUAGGCUCCAAAAAUUGAAAAAAAAAUUUAGUAGAAGAAUAUCAAUUUACAUUGUUUUAGGCUUUUUGCCCAAGGAAAAAAAAUAAAGUAACACAACAAUGUACAUAUAUGACUUCAGAAUUUUAUUUCUGUUAUUAUAUAUAUUUUGGUGUAGUUGGGCAAUUUAUUGUAUAAUGAAUAAUAGAGUGGAUCAUCCACCAACAACUUUCAUAUAAAUGUUCAAAAUGGAAGUAUAUUUGUUCGGAUUACUGGAAAUAAGUGGUACAAAUGGUGUUCAACGAGUUUACCAAUUUUGAAGUUUUAAGCUCUAUUUUGAAAUUCAUAAUUAGACCAUAGAGUAACUGAAUUUCCCUUCUCAUUGGGUAGAGUGUCUAAGCAACUUCAUAUACUAUUUGAACGUAUUAUUUCUUGGGAAAUAUAUUAUUCCAGGCAAGUGACUUGAAAAUGCCAGGCUUUUUCUGAUGUUAGUGAAUUUUUAGAAAAAUGAGACCGAAAAAACUAAUCCAACAGCACCUGGGUGUUUCUGAUUAUGAAUACAAAGACAGAUAAUGCCGACUCAUGAUUAGCUGUGAAUGCAUCCCAGAACAUCAGCCUUUUUACUAAUGGAUUUAACUAGGUGAUAGAAACAGGCUCUUUUAAUUCUUUUUCUAAAGGCAGAAAGUUACUUCUAAUUAUCUGUAUUGCUGAAGUGGAAAAUACCUAAAAGUUAGCAGACAGGCACACACACACACACGUAUAUCUGUCUUAGUAACAAGUGGCCUUGUUUGCUCAUUUUC